CCACAGCCAGUCGAAGCUGCGGAAGCCUCACCCACCUCAGCAGAUGCCAACCACGGCGCGAUCGGAUUCUGCCUCCCUCUCCUUCCCGUGCGCCUUUGCCUUCUCAUGCCCCUUCCUACCCCCCCAAAGCACCUCUGACAGGGCGUGGAGACACUCUCAUCCGCCCUCUCGCGUCAGACGAGAGGACCAGGAUGAGCAAGCCCGAGAUGCGACACGACUCAACUGCUACUAUCCGCGCCACGAGGAUAUUGAACGACGACAGUGAUGACGAUGGCUUCCAACUGCCCGUCGCGACCAAGGAGAAUGAAUGGCUAGGAUUCUGCCCUUCCGCCGUGAAGCUGCAGAAUGGCGACCGGAGGGGUUCGCUGAAGAAGAGGACAGACUAUGGCGCCGCGUUUGCCGCUUCCGGCGUGACAACGUACUACUGCAGUCAAAAAGGGUGUAUGUACAUGGGCCAUGUCAGCAUCGAUUUCGUGUGGAAAGCAGUCAUGAAGGAUGAAAGACUCGGCUUAAAACUGCGAUGGGCCUUUCUAGCCAAAAGCCAUGUCUUCCAAGGCAAAGUCACCGGUCGCCAGUAUCAGUUCCAAUGCCCCAUCUGCAUCUACUCCCAAGGCCACGCCGAAGGCCGAACAUGGAAAGGCGUGGAAAUCUACAUCGACCACGUCUCCUCCCACCGCGGCCGCCAGCUCUCCGAAGAAGUGCUCGGCAAACUCAACAUCAUCAACGACCGCAUCGCCGAGGACAAAGAAGACUUCGACCUCAACUUCUUCCCCACCGCCCUCACGCGCCAAAACACCAGCAACACCACCACCGACCUCAACAGCUCCUCCAGCAGCGUCUCCCUCGCCCGCACCAACACGCGCAACAGCAUCGUCGACUCCCUGUGGAACCGGAAAUCCAGCAGCGCGAAUACCGAGGUCGGCCCGGCGUUGUCGCGCACGGCGACGUGGCGGAGCGAUCGCGCGGACUCGGUCGUUAGCGGGGCGCUGAUUGAAGAGGAUGACGAUGAGCCGUGGGCAGAGGGGCUGAGCGAGUUCCGGGCGGAUAAGGAAGAAGACUACCUCAGUCCGGACUUCUGAAUUCAGUCUGCUUUUUUCUUUGAAGCGCAGUCAAUACCAGCCUCGCAGAUUGAGCUGUUUAACAAAGUUUACCGAAUGCUUCAAUCUACGACGAAUGGAGGCGUUGAGGGUUGUGGGCGGGAGUAUGACAGCCGUCUGAACCGGCGGCGAAGAUUGUCUAUUUCUAGGACAGGAUACCCAUCACAGUGAACGA